AUGGCUCGGCUGGACCCGAAAAUCCGCCAAGGUGAUCUUGACACCCACUGGGCUCGACUGGUGGAGGACUUCACGUCCAGAACACUAAGUCGCGAGAUGGACAAGAUGCCGGCGAUAGCAGGACUCGCAACUAAGUUCAAGGAGCACAGCCAUGUGAACGCACCGGGAGCGAAAUACCUCGCAGGUCUUUGGCACUACACGGGCAUCACCAUGAAUACCCUCAAGAAAUCAGCGCCGAUCGCAAGGGCGAUCAAACCCCAGCUCCUGGGACAGACAUCACGCCUUGGCUUCGCCAGCAAAACUGCACCGGCCGAGUUGCUCCGGAAGAAGGUGGAUGGCAAGAAUGUCAUCGUAACAGGUUCAGCCAGGGGCAUUGGCAAGUCAAUCGCCCUCCGGCUCGCCUCUGACGGGUACAACGUGUGUAUCAACGACAUCCCUUCCCUCGAGAAAGGCUGCGACGAAGUCGUCAAGGAGAUAGAGUCCAUGGGCGGGAAAGCAUGCACUGCCGUCGGCGAUGUGACGAAGAGGUCGGAUGUCAAGGACAUGAUCCAGAGGAGCGUCAAGGAGCUAGGUCCUUUACACACAAUGAUCGCCAACGCCGGCAUAGCCCAAGUCAAGGCCCUUCUAGACCUCACAGAGGAGGACUUCUCACGGAUGUUCGCCGUCAACGUCCACGGCGUACAGAACUGCUACGCCGAAGCAGCCAAGCAGAUGAUCUCCCAGGGGACGUGCAAGCCCGACGCACCAGGGAAGCUACUCGGGGCGUCCUCCAUCGUCGGCUUCAAGCCCUUCGCCCUGCUCUCACACUACAGCGCGUCGAAGUGGGCGGUGCGGGGGCUGACGCAGGCCUACGCGAUGGAGCUGGCCGAGCACAACAUCACCGUCAACGCGUACGCGCCGGGCAUCGUGGGGACGGGCAUGUGGGAGCUCAUCGACGAGGGCCUGGCGAAGAAGAGCGGCAAGGAGGUCAAGAAGGGGGCGAUGAUGGACAAGUAUGUCUCGGAGCUGACGGCGCUGGGGAGGCUGGCCGCAAGUCUUCAAUAUUGCUCAGAUCUGCGCAAAGGGCUCAACUUCCUCACGCUUGAUUUGAGCAAAGGGCUCGACAUCAUCAUCACGCUUUAUUUGCGCAAAGGGUUCGACCUCGUCAUCGCGCUUGAUCUGUGCAAAGGGCUCAACAUCGUCGUCCCGCUUGAUCUGAGCAAAAGGCUCAACAUCGUCGUCCCGCUUGAUCUGAGAAAAAGGCUCAACGUCGUCCUCUCGCUUAAUCUGAGCAAAAGGCUCGACUUCGUCGUCACGCUUGAUCUGCGCAAAAGGCUCAACCUCCUCACGCCUGAUACCGACGACGGCCUUUACCUCAUCAUGAGCAACUGGAAGAGCUACCGCUCCUUCCUCCUGAACUGGUUUGGAAUCACACUUUGGGGCAGUUCUCGUGCCAACGUGACAAGUGAUGGCAUGGCUGGGCAGCACAGUCACGGAGGGCACAGUGACAGCUCGUGCCAGACGGCGGACAGUACACACAUCCAGUACGGCUUCGAGGGAGUAAAGCCCUCUGAAUACAAGGACCCAGGCGCAGAGUUUACGCAAGUAAACCCCUGUGGCAGCAGCGCGGCCGAGGCCAGAGCCGCCGGCUGUCGUUAUGGUAUGCUGUACGGCGCAUGGCUCCCCGAGGAGUGCUACGACGAGGAGACAGAGGAGAACUUCAAGAAGUGGACGAACUGGAGAUUCUACAUGCAGCCAAACCGAACGGAGGAGGUCAGCUGGGACGAGGUGGCCAAGGGAGAGCAUGAGUGGGUCCUCGUCGAGUGGGAAUUUCACCAGCGCCACUGCGCCGAGAUGAGCCGCCGGUUUUUCACAGCCGUGGCCAGGAGAGGCCUGAAUACACUCGACUCGUACCUGUCACAGUGGGUUCACACCGAUCACUGUGCUCACUCUGCGAUGGAGCAGCGGCCCAUGCAUGAACUGAACGCCAUUCUCAUGAGGAAGUUCCCCGACUGUGGGCUAAUUCGCUGGAAAAAUGGACCACCAUACUGA